AUGAACAGAUCACUCAGAUCAGUCAACGAAGAUGCGCUGGCCUACGCGCCAAAGCUACUUGACACGGGCGUGGCCGUAGUGGUCAUCGUCUUUGUAAACAUCUCCUACUUUGUUAGCCUCCUGUCUGACGUUUCGUGUACGGCUGGUGGUCAGUGUAAACUCGUUCCGUCCGGUGGUCGCAGUUUGGAGUUGGCUCGGUGGUCAAUCUCUUUCCUUCUUCCAACUCUCUGGCUCCUGGAUGGACAUUUUAGAAAUGUGUGCGCGGUUAUUUGUGGCAAAAUUUGUAUUGGAGUAACAUAUAAUUAACAUGGAAGCAGA